GUGACUAAACUGAUCAAGUUCGAGGACAGCAACCACUGAUCAUCUAAAAGGGAAUCAGUGAAUUGGGGCAUGUUUUUGAUGGAGUGUGGAGAAUCUGCGUUAGAGGUGUGAUGUGAGUCAUAAUACGGUCUGGGCGGAUCCAGGGAAACGCUCCCGGACAGCAGGUUGCUCAUAACCCACACAAGGCUACAGCGAUGUCUUUAACAGCCGAGUAAACAGAAAAUGUGGAAUUUCAUGCAUGGGAGAAUCAUGGCCCAUAAUUUCAUACUUUGCUAAAUGACAGUUCUGCACUUGACAAGGACAAAAUGUCUUACAGCCCUUUUGGAAAUAGUGCAGCAUCUGUGUGCAGUGUUUAAAAUGUAUUAAUGGAUGGAUUGCAACUCCGAGACAUUAAAACCUAGAUUUAGAAAUCUGACAACACUGCCCCACGGAGAAUGGAUUGGACAUUCUAUCAAAUGUAUAUAUAGGGAGUAUAAAGAAGAUUAAAGCUAUAAAGAGGUCUGUUCAUAGUUGUUGCACAACCAGUAAGAACAACAACAGAAAGCAAAUGGGCAAGUAAAAGCCUGUACAUCACAGAUCAGAAGACAGUUACAACAUUGUACCUUCUGGUCCAGAGAUGAGUGUUUCUCAGCCCAGUGAGGGUUUUCCUGUAAAGGGGAAAAAUGGAUCCAGCAUGAAGCUUCCUCUUCACAGUGCAGGAGACCACAAUGGGAAUGCUUUCCCAAUUUCCUCUUCUUCCUCCUCCUCUUCCUCCUCAUGUCUGGGGGAGUCGUCACCUGAGUCACUGCGGAGUCUGAGCAGCCUUAAUAGGGGCAGGACCAACAACCCGCUGGACUAUGAUAUGUUUGAGGUCACCCUGAUCACAACAGUGAUGACCAAAACAGACAAAAUGACAGAUGUUGUCAUUUCAAAAUGGGUGCCAGAGGAGGAAAGUAAACCAGAUGACAAGGAUGAUGUCUCUGUGGGAAAGAUACAAACAGCAACAGAGCUAUCAGAAUCUAACGACAACUCAGUGUCUGUUUACCUGGACGCAAACAGCUGUGAAUACCGCCAAGACACCUGGAACGACAAUGUCAACCUGACACUUGCACUGUCCCUGACGACAAUUAGCUGCAAUGGUGACCUCAGUAGUCAAAGCAGAAAUGGGAGAAGGCAUGGCUCCUCCACUCCAGACUCCGAAGCAACAGAAGUCCCUGCUGAUGAUGAUGAUGAUGAUGAUGAUGAUGAUGAUGAUGAUGAUGAUGAUGAUGAUGAUGAAGAGGAGGCUUUGUUUUUGUCUGUGAGCUCUGACAUGGGUGUGCGGAAAAGCAGCAUAAACUUAAUCUCAACAAGUCAAUCCAGCGACAGCUUGAUUAAACCCGAUGGUGACUCUGCUGUUCCGUCAGAGGGGACUGUGGCUGUGAGUGUAGUUGAUGAUCACAGGGCAUGUCCCCUUGGUCUACCUGUGGAAGGCCUGACAGAGCCUCCCUCUGAGGACCUUUGUGAAACCACUCAGAUAUUCUCUUUGUCCCACUCUCCUACCCCUCCAGAACAAGAUGCUAAGGAAGUUGCAUCUUCUCAACUUGAGGAAGCUGAAAAAUGUGCAGUGGGCACCAAACCAUCCAAACCUAUCACCAGUCAGCCAGCCAGAGCAUCAAAAAUCAAACCAACCAUUGCCAUUUCAACUGCUCCCAAGACAGCUGUGUCCACAACCAUCAAAGUAUCCAGUCUGGAGGCAAGGAGAGUUUCCAAACUAGACCUGAAAGAGGUUGAGGCUAAAGUUGGAUCAAGAUCUUCAUCUAAAACACCCAACCAGAACAUAUCUUCUCAAGCCAAUGGAAAGAGAGCUGUUCCUAGUAAGGAGGAAGCACAGACUGGGGAUGGGGGUAAAAAUCAAAGGUCAACUGCAGGUCCAGUCAAAUUGGCCGUGGUGCUAAAUUCCAUUAGAGGAAAGAGCAGUAACCCCAAAAUCAACAACAAGACAGCAGCCAAUGGCUCUGAUGAGACACAGAGGAAGAGUUUGACUGUCAAUCAAACUCUCUCUUCUUCAACCAGCUCUUUGGCGUCUGCGGCGGUUAAGGAAGAACCCCUGGAAACUCCCAGAAAGGCUGUCCCAGAAGUGACUGAUAAACAUGACACAGCUGGAGGUGCGGAGACUAAACCUCUAGGUGAAGAUCCUCACGAAGGCACCGGAAAGGCUUUAAAGACAGAGGCUGCUGUGGGGAAACCAAUGAAUCCUAGCAGGAAAGUCUCCUCAAAGCUGGGGCCAAAUUCUAGGCAGCAGGGGAGAGGCACCAGAGUGGAAAAGGGGCUCUCGGGAUCACCUCCACCACUAGAGUCAGGGACUGGACCUCCAGGACAGGGGAGCCCUGGGCCCAGGCAAACCAAGAGUGAUGGCUCCACGUUGGGAGAGGGUGGACAGAGCGCUGGAGGGGGAUCUCCAACGAGGCAGAGCCAAAGUCAGUGCCAGGGUAUCCGAAAAUCUCGCACCACCACAGCUGUCCUGGGUCUCGCAACAUCCAACUCUAAACCAACCAUUCAGCAGGCAACAGGGCCAGUCAGAAGACCUGCCGCGUCAAAACUUCCUGUGAAGGGAUUACCCACAAGCCACUCAUUACUGGGAAGCACCGAGAUCAGUGGAGCCACAAGUAAAUCAUCUCCAGGAGCUCCAGCAACAACAGGAACCAAGUCAGAUGACCAGCCCAGCAAAAGCACACUUCCUGUAGGCAGCCAGCACAAGGAGAAGCCCCUCAUCUCCAGUACUGCAGCUACCAGUAGCACGAACAUUCCCAGUGACGCCAUUACCAGUAGUGUCACUGCUGCUCCAAAGCCUCAUGCAUUGAGGAGCAGAGCUCUGUCACUGCCGGCCAGGACCACUGCUACAGGUCUGAAAGCCCCAACAGUCACCAAUAACAACACAGCAAAGACAGCAGCCGCCCAUCAAAUAGCAGAAAAGAUAGCUCCUGCUGCCAAUCAGGGCCUGUCAAAGCAGGCAUCCCAGUAUCCCUUGCAAAGAACCGGCUCAGCAAGACUCAGUCGACUAAACAGCACAGUGGACAAAAACAAGCCCCGGGAGGUGCCUGCAAGAUCUACAAACAACAGCAGCAGCUCCCACGCAGCGUCACCCGCAGGAGGAAACAACCAGAGAAAGCAGCAUUAUCCACCUGAACUGGUACCAGACGUGGUGAAUGCUAAUGCACCAGUGACAGCAGUUCUCUCAGUGCCGGCCCCUGAUACCAACAACACUGGCUCAGGCACCACUGGGGCCUCUGGUCUAGGGUUCAAAGCAAAAAACGGUUCAAGAUCCAGCCCCAAAACCGCAUCUCGCCUACAGAAUGCAUCCAAGUCUGGCACAGGGGGGGCUCUUGUGGCAGACUGGAUGGUCGCUGCCAAACAGAACCAGAGCAAAGAGCAGGCAGAAAAGAAGAACCAGGCCAUUAACCAGCUGAGGAAGCUGCUCGUCCUGGGGAAUAAGAGAGUGGAGGCUCUGGCUAUAGUCAUCCAACAACUCUUCACUGAGCGUGAGGAAGCCCUGAAGCAGAAGAAGGGGUUAUCGCUAGAACUGGCAAACCUCCGAGAUGAGCUGGUUACAUCGUCACAGUGCUGUGAGCGUCUCCAGAAAGGGAAGGAGGAGGUGCGCGUCAGCUUUGAGGAGGCCUUGAACAGGCUGCAGGAGCAGCACAAGGAGGAGCUUGUGCAGCUGGAGGAAAGAUUGAGGAGUUUUUACCAAACGGAGUGGGACAAAGUCCACCAGACGUACCAAGAGGAGGCCGACAAAUGCCGCAUUUUCAUGGAACAGCAGAUGGAGGAGCUGAGGAGCCGGCAUAAGGCAGAGAGGAAGAACCAGGAAAUGAGUCACAGCCAGAAGAUGGAGUCUCUCAAACUUCAGUUUGAGACCUCCAUACAAGAGCUGGAGAGGAUCCAGCAGACAGACCUGGAGAACCUGAACAAAACGCUGAAGGAGACUGAAACAUCUCUCUCUGAGAAAAUAUGUGAGCUGUCAGCUGAGAAGGGGGCUAUGAAUGAGAAGCUGAAAGCAGAGGAGGAGAGGAGGAGGCAGAUACUCACUGACAAGAAUCUGAAGGACUCCCACACACUGUACCUGGAGCAGGAGCUGGACAGUCUUAAGGUGGUACUGGAAAUCAAGAACAACCAGCUGCACCAGAAGGAGAAGAAGCUCAUGGAGAUGGAGAAGCGUUUGGAGACUAAUGUGAAACUGGAGGAGUGUCUGACGAAGGUCCAACAGGAGAACGAGGACUACAAGGCAAGGAUGGACAAACAUGCUGCAAUCUCCAAGCAGCUGUCCAGUGAACAGGCCAAACUCCAGCAGACGCUGCAGAAAGAGUCCAAGGUCAACAAGCGGCUGUCCAUGGAGAACGAAGAGCUGCAGUGGAAGCUGCACAACGGUGACCUGCUGGCGAGUCCCCGCCGCCUCUCACCCACCUCGCCCUUCGGCUCACCAGGGAACUCUGUGUCCUUCCCCACAACUGCACCCUUAUCACCCAGAUAACCAUCGACAACCCCCUUCCUCUCCUGUGACGUCCUGCUUGUCUUGUAACCUUUACAGGAGAAAGACUUCAGUCACAGCAGUGUUAUUGGAUGUUAAUGAUAAACUUGUACAUUUAGAAUAAAUUGCAGAAAAGACGCUUCUUUUGAAAGUGAAAAGACAUCGCAGUUGCACCGAUGCACUGAGAGUUGGACUGGCCUUGCUCUCUACCAAAUGCCUGGUUCUGCAACAAACCUUUCUUCUUUUUUCUGAAGAAAGCAUAAAUAACAGGCACACCUCAGGGUCUGUACAUGGCGCCUCACUCUUGUUAUGACUAUCCUUAACUGUUUUUCUGAUAUGUUGUACAGUGCAAGUUCCGCUCAUGCUGUUCUUUUAUACCGCUCUUUCUAAAGAGGUGGAUGAGAAAAACCUUGGAUUCGUGGCGUAUGUAGUUUGUGGAAAGACACUCAAAGUUGUUUGGGUUUGGCAAAUCAUAAAAUGACUACUACUUCUUGGUGGAUUAGAAUGGAUUCUUUUGCCUUUUCCCAUCUUUUUAAAGAUGAUGUUUUUUUCCCCAAAGAGCAAAGCUCAAUCACUUAUUUGCUUUGGACCUCUGGAAGAAGUGGAUGAACAUGGUUCCUUCUGUGGGCAAACAGGAACUCGUAUUCAAUCUGUUCCUCCGUGAAAGCUCUUCACAACCUCUACCUUAAUCUACAAUGUGGAAUGUAAUAACCUUUGGAUGUUAAUCUUAGCAGGCCAGUUCAUAAACACAAACACUAUCUAAGAGCCAAAUAUGCAGAAGAAGUGUGCUGGCCGGGACAGUGUCCCCCCCCCCUUUACUGUUUCCUUUCAAUCACACAUUAACAAAGGCAUACAACCACCCCACAACCUCUAAACCACCUUCUGCCCAAACAGAAAUAAGGGGAAGCUGAAAUUACUGGCUGAUCAGUUAAUAUCUGCCUUUGCUUUGGGUCACGUGUAAAACCACCAUGACAACCCACCAGUGAUCAUUUCCACAGAGAAAACUCCCAGACUCUCCUUAAAUUGCCAGUAACUGGCCUUUGUUUUACCAAAUCACUUUGUCUGUCUGGUUUCUGUCCUGAAAAACCUCAGAUGUACCCAGCUUGCCUCAGUUCACUAUGUUCAGUUUUAUUUUGGACAUGGA